AUGGGUCCAAAGAAAGACAGUGAUAAGGGGAAGGCAAAGAGGAAAACAGUGAGGACCACUAUUGAACUGAAGAAGGAAAUUAUAGCAAAAUAUGAAAGUGGUGUACGAGUGUCCGACCUCGCGUCGCAGUACGAAAUGGCAAAGUCAACCAUUUCCACUAUCUUGAAGCAUAAGGAAGUGUUAAAGAAAGCUGAUGUUGCAAUGGGAGUGACAGCAAUUAGUAAGCAAAGGCCUCAGAUAAUGGAAGAAAUGGAGAAGUUGCUUCUUAUCUUCACCAAGGAAAAGAUGUUGUCAGGGGACAGCAUUAGUGAAGCUCUCAUCUGCGAAAAAGCUCUUCAAAUUUACGAAGAUCUAUUGAAAACUACUGGAGGUGAAAGUGCUAGUUCAUUUACUUUCAAGGCAAGCAAGGGAUGGUUUGAAAAAUUUAGACAUAGAACGGGAAUUCAUAGAGUUACCAGGCAUGGGGAGGCAGCCAGUUCGGACAAAGCAGCGGCUGAGAAAUAUGUUACAGAAUUCAGCGAGACCAUCAAGGCUGAAGAAUAUGUUCCUGAACAAGUGUUUAACUGUGACGAGACCAGCCUGUUUUGGAAGAAAUUGCCGGCCAAUACGUACAUCACAAAGGAGGAGACAAAAAUGCCUGGUCACAAGCCUAUGAAGGACAGGCUAACGCUGUUAUUGUGUGCCAAUGCUAGUGGAGACUGUAAGAUCAAGCCCUAA